ACGUUCAAAUCCCUCCCCUCUUUUUCCGAAACCCUCCGAUUGCUGUCUCCCAUUCAGCCUGAUUUCCCCUCCACCGUCGGCGACGCUUUCUCCGGCCGGCCUCCGCCUCAGCACCCUACGCUGCUUCCCUAAAGGCGGUCUGCUAUGCUAUCGUUCCGCCUCCCGCUGUCGGUCCGCCUCCUCCAGUCGGAAGUUGCUGCAACGCGCCGCCCUUACACGCCCUCCACAUGUGAUGUUUCAAAAAAUUUCACCUCCGUUGAAAUGCUUCGUGGAAUAUUUGCUCUUCCAAGUUGCUUUUGGAGGAGAAGCCUCUCAAAUUCUACCCUGUCGAUGAAGUUAAGAAGCCGCUCUCCUUGUUGCUCAAGGCCAAGCCCACCAAGAUCAGCGAGCAUUACUCCCGGAACAGUUCUGAUCAUAUUGUCAGGGAGAUUUAAGGGGAAGAGAGUUGUUUUAUUGAAGCAGAUUUCCUCUGGAUUGCUUCUUGUAACUGCAGUGUUUUCUAUUAGCUAUGCAUCUCGAAUCUCUUGGGCAUAUGUUAAUUCUUUGCCUGAAGUUAUUGUCAUCCAUACACGAAGUAUUCUGCUUUCCUUUUCCUGCUCGCUCAAUCUCAGCUCAUUUUUUAGACCUUCUAUCUGCAACAAAUACUGUUACAUUUCUUCAGAUUUGUUUUCAAUUUCCAGCAUCAAUUCUUCCUCAUGACUACAUACAGUCUCGAGCUGUUGUUGCAGAGAGCCAACGUGAUCCAUCAGCCCUCGACUUUAGAUGACCAGUGCUUUGUCUCAUGCCUAAAAUUGUAUACACCAGGAAAUUAUUUUAUAUAUGUAUGGUUAAGAGAUGCCUACUAUUGUUGUGUUCCAUCAUGUAAUAGCCUUCUAUUUGCAUUCUUUGGUUUCAGAUUUCCUUAACUUUGGAUAUUGUGCUCUACAUAACAUCAUUACGGAUUUCUACUA